AUGUCCCACGCCCUCGAUUCCUGCGUCCCCAACCCCGUGUGCAAGUCCGGCAAGUACAAGUUUGACUCGAUGGACGACGUCCAGAGCAUCGACAAAUACCUCGGUGAUGCGUCCAAGGCCAACUGGCAGUCGCAGGGCAUGCCCGUGCCAUACAACGACGGCGAAGGCGUACUCUUGACCUUGGCCGAGGAUACUUCGGGCACACUGCUGGCAUCGACAUUCUACGUAUGGUACGGAAAGAUUUGCGCCAACAUGACUUCCAGUCAGGGCAAGGGCGUGGUGACGGCCUUUAUCCUCAUGUCUGACGUUAAGGACGAGAUUGACUUCGAAGUCGUUGGCAUCGACGUUGGCCACGUGCAGUCCAACUUCUACUCGCAGGGUAUCACAGUCUACACAAACAGCGCGAAUCUGACGGUCGAAAACACCGUUGCACCGCACACAUACUGCGUCGACUGGAAGCCCGACGAGCUGACCUGGUCCGUCGAUGGCGAGGACUUGCGAACUGUCCAGCGCUCCAAGACCUGGAACGCAACUUCGAACCGCUUCGAUUACCCGCAAACCCCCUCCCGCAUCAUGCUUUCGCUCUGGCCCGCCGGCAUCUCCAAGAACGCAAAGGGCACAAUCGACUGGGCUGGCGGUCUGAUUGACUGGAACUCGCAAUAUAUGCAGAAUGGAUACUACUACAACCUGGUCACCUCAGUGGACGUGGACUGCUACGACCCGCCGGAGGGCGCCAACGCCCAGGGAGACAAGAGCUACGUGUACAAGGAUGCCAAGAACCCGACGAACAACACGGUCGAGAUCUCGGACGAUAUCGUCGUCCUCGGCUCGCUGAUGGGAACUGGCGAGGAUCCCGGUGAGGCGUCCGCGUCUACCAGCGGGGCCGCGCCUACGCGCUCCGUUGCCAUGGUCCCUGGUGGCAAUCCCGGUGGUGGCGCUCGCCAGGAAACUGUAGCUGCUACUGGUGCCGCUGCAACCGCGACCGGUGGAGCUCAACAGACUGGUGGAGCUAGCAGCGGCGGCUCAGGCAGCUUUGACCAGGGCAAUACCAGUGGCAACGGUGUCGCAUCUUUGGAGCCCGGCCUCGGAAAGAUUGGCGGCUCCGCGCUUGCCAUCGUGGUUGCUAUUCUCGGUCUCCUUGUGCUGUGA